AUGGAAGAAGAUCCAAGAGAUACGAGCAAUGCAUCUGCUUCAGUGUUGGCAGACACAACAUCAGCCAGUGCAGCAAUGAAUGGAAAUGAUACAUCAUCAAUCGCAAUUCCAUCACAUAUAACCGAAGAACAAGAAUUACGUAAACCAGGUGAUUCAAAUUAUUCUACAAAACAACAAGAUAAAGCAGCUUCCGGACCUGAUGGAAUAGAUCAAUAUGAGCUAGCAAAAGCUCAAGUCAACAAAGUAGUAAAGAGCGCAAACCCUGACAACUUCACACUACGAAAAGAAGUCUCACUUGCGAUGAUAAAAGCAAGUACAGUUUUCAUCAGCUACCUUUCCGCAUCAGCAUACGAUAAAACAAACGAAGCGGGUAACAAGACAAUCGGCGCACAAGCUGUUUUGAGUGCAUUCAAAGAGAUGGGUUUCCCGGAGCAUUAUUAUAAACAACUCAAGAAAGAAUACAAUGAAAAAGUCAAUCCUGAAACAAAGAACAAAGCCACAGAGCCAAACACAGAUGAUGCAGAACAACAAGAGGGAGAAAGUGCAAUGGACGUCGAUCAAACAGAACAAGAAGGAGAAGAACGUGGAGCAGGCGAAGAAAGUAUCGCAGUGGGAGAUGAAACGCUGGCUGCUGUUGAUGCUGCUGGCGAAGGAGAAAACGAUGAAGAAGUUGAAGAAUAG